AUGAGUCCACAUAUUCGCUGCUGGGUGUUCCCCUUAUCAGUGAGACAAUGGGUUGGUCGCAGUGCCGAUAAUAUGGCUGAAGAGUUGGGCAUAGCUCAGACCACACUAUGGCGAAUUUUGCGAAGAGAUCUUGGCCUGCACCCUUAUCAGAUCAAGUUUCCUCAAGAACUAAAGCGGUUCGAUCAUAUGACCCGACAUAUUCUGCAAAAUCAUUGCUAACAUUUCCAAAAUGUGGGCAUGUAAGCCGUACCAGCCCUUUCGAUGUAUAUCACUGCUGACCAUGAGAGAUAUAAAAUUUUUUAUGACUCAUUUUACAAAACAUCAGAGAAAAUCACCAAGAACAAUUUUAUAUUGAAGCACUGCAGCGUUACUGAUCCCAAAAGAUCAAGAAAACGAGAACAAGAAAAAAUAAGCCGAAAUCUAUGUCAGUGAAAUACUAUGUGAAAAGAAGAGAUGGGCUAAUGGUUAAUGUGUGCAGACAGAGUUUCAUGAACAUUCUGGGAGUGAUGAAAGACAGGAUUUUGAAUGUAGUAAAACCGUACAAGGAAAGCAAUGAAAUGCCCAAAGAACGAGGUGGAGGUGAUCGGACAAAAGGUAAAAAUAACACAAAGCGAGCGGCUAUAAAAGAGUUUGUUGAAUCACUGAAGAGCUUAGAGUCUCAUUAUUGCCGAUCUAAGACAUUCAGUAGAAUUUAUUUGC